CGACACGGGACGCAUCGGUCCGAGCAGACGCAGCCAGAGGCGGACACACGCAGGCGCGACACACACACACGACCCGGCGGGCUGCCGCCGCAACAUGCACGCCGCUACGCUCGCGCUGACCCUGCUGCUACUGAGCGGCGUCGCCUCGGCCGCCGUGCGCAGGGCCGGCGCCGCCCAGCUGCCCAUCUCCAGCGAUGACCGCCGCAUCACCAGGGCCUCAGAGUGCCACUUCGGACGACGAGUGUACGAGCUGGGCGCCCACUGGUUCGCGGACCUGGGGCCGCCCUUUGGAGUCAUGUACUGCAUCCGCUGCGAGUGCGUCGCCGUGAAGAAGAAACGGCGCGUGGUGGCGCGUGCGCAGUGCCGCAACGUGAAGACGGAGUGCCCGGCGCCCAGCUGCGACCACCCCGUGCUGCAGCCCGGCCGCUGCUGCAAGGUCUGCCCCGGCGACGACGCCUUCAGCCCUGACGUGCUGCCGACGGAGCCCACUGUGAAGGAGGUGCAGACCCAUACUGGAGCUGGAGCAGACGACGAGCGCAGGAAACACAUGGCGGCGGUGCUGACGUCGCGCGUGGCGGAGUCGCUGUUCCGGGAGGACCCGGAGCGAGCGCCGCCCUCCAGCCUGGACGCGCUGCCGCCCGCCGCCGCCACGGGCCGAUUCCAGCUGGCGCGCCGCAGCCUCUACUUCUCCUUCUACGUGGCGGACGCCGCCCCCCGGCCCAGGGCCGUGCAGUUCCGCAGCGAGGAGGGUGACAUCUUGGUGGAGAUGCAGCUGGGCGAGGGCGGCCGGUACCAGCGAGAGGCGGGCAAGGUGUGCGGUGCGUGGCGGCGCCUGCCACGCGACUACCGCCGCCUGCUCAGAGAGGGCCGGUUGUACGCCGUGCUGCUAUGGCCGCCGUCUCUUCUGGGCCAGCUGCCGCCCGUCGCCGGCCAGAUAAUUGGGCACCACUCGCUGACCACGGAGGUGUUCUCCGGCCUGCUGGAGGAGCGCGCCGGCGGAGACGCGGCGGCCACGGCGGUGGUGUCCGUGCACGCCGCCCCCGACACCAGCAGCGUCCACCUCAGCCUCCUGCUGUCCGCAGACGUGCCCCAGGGGGCGCAACUGGUCGCCCGCCUCGAGGACGAAGCCGGCCGCGCCAUCGUCGAGGAGACGGUGCGCGCGCCGCAGCCGCAGACGCAGGCGCCGCUCGGCGGCCACGGCCACAACCACAACCAGGCGUCGCUGUCGGAGGUGGAGCUGCGCAGCCCGGUGGGCGCCGGGGCGCUGCGGCAGCUGGCGGCGGGCCGCCUCAGGGUGUCGCUGUCCGCCGCCGACGCCGGGGGCCGCCGCCUCAUGGAGCUGCGCGGCCGCGUCACGGCCAGGGUCUCCUGCGAGAUACUCCAGGCCGUACUGACUCCGACCGACGCCGCCUCAGCAGAGGGCAGUCGCUCUGACGACUCGCCCGCUGCCCCCUCCGCGGGGGUGGGGGGCGUGGCGUGGAUGUUCGCGCGCCGCGACGGCUCGCUGUCGUAUGGCGCGUCUCUGUCGGGGCUCGAAGCGCUGUCCGUGCGCAUGCUCACGCUCACGUCGGCUCGCGGCACAGAGAUCUACGACCUCACGCCGGCGCUCUCUGACUCCGGCGAGGCGAGCGGGGAGCUGGGCCCGCCCGGGGUGCCGGAGCUGCGGCAGCUGACCGCCGGCGAGCUGUGGCUGGCCGUGUCGACGCAGCGCGCCGCCGUCGCCCGCGGCCGCCUCGCCCCGCGCCUCGUGGCCGCCGCCAGGGACGCCGAGAGGCCGGCGCACCUGCUGCCGCCCCCGCCCCCGCCACCGCCCACACCCGCACCCACACCUGCAACUGGUACCGCUCACGGGCUCGCCUGGGUCGCCGUCGACUCCGAGUGCACACUACACCUCGACGUGACGCUGAUCCGCGGCGGCGGAGGCGGCGGAGGCGGCGAGUCGCGGGACGAGGAGGCGGAGGAGGCGGAGGAGGCGCGCGAGUGGCUGUCGGUGCAGCUGAUGCUGGAGGCGCGGCCGCUGGAGGCUCCGGGCGCGCCCGUCUGGAGCCGCGAGCUGGCGGCGCUGAACGCCAGCCGGCGCGGCCGCGCCUUCCACCUGGAGGAGUCGCUGGCCGACGUGCCGGCCGCGGAGCUGGCCCGCCUCGAGUACGGCGUCUGCGACCUGCUGGUGCGCGACGCCACCACGGGGCAGCUGCUGCUCAGCGGCCGCCUGCCGCAGACGAAGGUGCCGGCGUCGUGCCAGCCGCGGUCCACGGACAACGACGUGGUGCCGGUGCUGCACCAGGAGGCGGCGGGGGCGGGGGCGGGCCCCGGGGGCGAGUCUGGCCCGUGCCUGUGGGAGCAGCGCUUCUACGAGGAGGGCGCGCAGUGGCGGGCGCCCGGCUGCCGCGCCUGCCACUGCCUGCGGGGGCGGGCCCGCUGCGAGCCGCAGCUCUGCCCGCCCGCGCCCGCCUCCUGCCCGCCCGACGGCCGCAAGCCCACGCCGCCGCCCGGAGACUGCUGCCCCGCCUGCCACAACGAGACGAGCGCCCAGGAGAGCCGCUGGGGCGUGCGGCGCGGCUGCUCCGUGUCUGGCGAGUUCCACGCAGCCGGCUCCUCCUGGUACCCCUACGUGCCGCCGCACGGCUUCGACACCUGCGUCACCGUCUCCUGUGACGCGGUGACGCUGCAGGUGCGCUUCUGGAGGCGGCGCUGCCCCGCGCUGGACUGCGGCGGCCGGCGGCCCGUCAGGCCGGACCCCCGCGCCUGCUGCCGCAUCUGCCCGCCGGCGGACACCGCUGACGACGAGCCGGGCGGCGCGGGGGCGGUGGCGGGGGCGGAGCGCGAGCCGGAGCCCGACCCGCAGGCCGUGCUGGCCGCCGGCGGCUGCCGCGCCCCGCACCAGGUGUUCGAGGACGGCCGCAGCUGGCACCCGCGCAUCCAGCCGUUCGGCGUCGAGAAGUGCGUCACGUGCCGUUGCAAGGCGGGCCACAUCCAGUGCCAGCGCAAGUUGUGCAAGGCGGCGACGUGCGCGCGCCUCCAGGAAGUGUCCGCCGCCCCCGGUGCCGCCCCCACCACCCCCGAGGAGGAGGCGGAGGAGCGAGAGUGCUGCCGGACGCAGUGUGCGCGCAGGCACCGCCGCCCACACGGCUGAGACGGCGCCACCCACACCGCAACUCAGAGGCUUCCCACAGUAUUGCUCAUCUCUACCUGAAAACACACACCUACAUACAUUAUACGCAUAACUACGACUAACCAAAGUUCAUAUAAGGCUGUUUUUUUAAAAAGAAAAAAGGGAAAUGUUAUUUUUAAAAAGCGAAGGCAAAGUAUUUUUUAUCUUCAAUUAACACUUCGAAGACUUUUUAAUAUUUUCCUAGACAGCGAGCGAGUUUGUUUUAUGUAGUCGUUACUCGCGAGUACAGCCGUCCGUAGCUGUGAGCUCGCAAGGACAUUCUGCGAAGGGCGUGGUCCGAGUCCUGCGGCGUGGAAGGGCCGUCCGAGGGCUGGCGAAGGGCCGGCCGCCGUUACCACAACCAAAGAAGACUGAGCGACCAAGGGCCGAGCGUUAUUUAUUUGUUGGCCCCACGGGGCGUCGUUGUGUGUGUCAUGUCAGACCAGUGGGCGCCGUCCCCACCCCACCCCGCACCUCUUUGGCCCUCGCGGCGCUUCUAGAGUCAGCUAGAGUAGUCC